AUGACGGACAUCAAAUCUUGGCUGGAAGAGUACGCUCGCAGCAUUUAUCCAGUGUCGUACAAGUUGCAGCAGACUGCCCUCUACUACACGUUCUGCAUUCUGUUCAACGUGAUCACUCGCCAAGCUGGAACUCAUCGCAGACGUAUGCGUCACCAGAGUGAACAGCGAAGAGAUAGCAAGACCUUCUUGGUGGUUGAUGAAGAUUGCGGCAUCCCAACGUCUCUCGUCGAAACUUAUCGGAGCAGUAACGACAGUGGGCCAUUGGCCCAGCCCGAUCCCCGGAGUUACUUGCUGUCGAUGUCGGAGUACGACAAAGCGCAGAAUUACGAAGUGUAUGCAUGGCAGAUGACUGAUGUGACGCACACCACAGACUACCAAACAGCCACACGACCUGAGCAGGGCCAGCAUGCCUACAGCGGCUUCGCACACCCUACCUACGCGACCGACUAUGUAGCGACUCAGGCGCAGGUACCAUCUGGCCUUCCCCAAUCAUCCUCCACGGUCAGUUUGGGCGCCGCUGCUCAACCGUACGGCACGCAUGAUCCAACCUAUUAUGGUCAGCAGGCUGCGCAGUACCCUGCAUAUCUCGAGCCUCCUCGCCCAGUCCCUCAGAUCGUCAAUGUUUCUCCCAGAGCAGGCCCAACCGGUACUCAAGUCACUGUCUAUUUCCAGAGUCCCUACGAUUUCGAUGCACCACAAGUCACACCAGUCAUCAUGUUCGGCUCAAAAAGAUGCGAAAGCAUCUUGACGAAGACUCCCAACACUGGCUUCUACGAAUACACGCUCACAACUACUGCGCCUUCGCCUGCAUCGACACACUCGCCAACAGCCCAAGUACCGCUGCACCUCAUUCUCGACGAUACAAAUGUUGCUUGGGAAGGAUCUCCGUCGUUGGACGUUGGACUGUUUGCCUACCAAGAUCAGCCCACAUAUUACCACCUCGACUCGCCGCAAAUGCCAGCUCAACCGCAACUCCAGGCGCCGCGCAAGCGCAAACUGUCGCCAGAGUCGUCGCCUCGCCGUUCCCCUGCCAAGAAGAUCUCGAUGCACAAUAUAGCUCAACACCAGUCUCCAGUCGCCGCAUUUCGACGUCCGAGUGUGCCAGAUAUCUACCAGAAUCGUCAGUUCAGCCAGAUGUCCGACUAUUCAUCAUAUGGCCAGAUCGCGUCCCAACAUUACCAUAGACAGCAAGCCACACCAUCGAUGCAGACAUCGCAGAGUCCUUCUUGGUCGUACGCGCAUGGACUGCAGACAACACGCAGUCCUUCAGCUGCUGCACUGUCGACUGGAAGUAAGAGCUCACAGCUUCUUCCGUCGCCUGCUGCAGGUCAUGCACCGCCACUCAUACGAACAUCGACUUUGCAGGGCUCACCAACGACUCCUGGAGCGCAUAUUCCCGCGACUGCCAUGGCAAGCGCCUUCAACCCGUAUGCGAUGUACCCUUCGAACGCCAAAGCGAUGCUGAAGAUUGAGGGUGAUCUCAAUUUGAUGUCAGACAAAUGGACGGCAGCGGAAUGGGAGGCCAGACGACGUUUGGUGCAGUUCCGUCGCAGCCAGUCCGGAAGCAUCAUCUCCGCCACAUUUGAGCCUGUCACACUCGAAGACCGCCUUCCGAACAGCAUUUGCGUGAGCUGCAUAUGGUGGGAAGAGAAGCAGGAAUGCUAUGUGACCUCGGUGGACACCAUCUCCCUUCUGGAAUCCCUGGUUGCAGUGCGCUUCACAGUGGAAGAGAAGAACCGGAUUCGUCGCAACCUCGAGGGCUUUCGACCGGCAACAGUAUCGAAAACCAAGGCGGACAGUGAAGAAUUCUUUAAACUGAUCAUGGGCUUCCCCAACCCCAAACCGAGGAACAUCGAGAAAGACGUGAAAUCCGCAAGCUAUUCGUCCACUGCCGGCGCAUUACACCCAGGCGCGUCGGGAUACGCUGCAGCGAGGCCAUCUGACGCUGGGAUCGAUCAGCGCGCAGCGGCUUCGCCACGCUCCGCGUCAAGCUCCGCGGCAUCACACAGUCACGUCUACGCGCCGCCGCCACCAAUGCCAAAUCCAUAUUCGCCUCACGCGGCGAUGCAAUCUGGUCUCGGCAUCGGAUCGUCAGCAGCCUACUCGGAUCCUCGCCUCGCUGUUCCCACAUCGGCUGGUGCACAAACAACGUCCUGGCACCAGCCAUCUGCGCACUAUUCCACCGAGCUUUCGGGAACGAGGCCAGACUGGUCGUUUGGUGUUGGGCAAUAUCUCAGUGCGUCGCCCGCGACGGGUCUCCCAGGAACGGCGCAGUCGUAUGCGUAUCAACAACGAAUCCCUUCGUUGACAGGACCCGCGGCCAUGCCUGCCGAAGCCAGAUUCGUGCCCUUGCACGAUUACGAGAGCCAUAGUCAGCCGACUUCAACGUCGUAG